GCGUGUUGUUGUAUAGGAAGUGCGGAGAAUUCGACUCGCAGCAUUUCACUUCCUUGUUUUUCACGUGCCAGACUCACAUUCGACUCAAAUCGGACAUUGAGAGGACCUCAGAGCUGUAGAAGGGUUGAGGAGCACUUCUGAAUGUUUUCGUGGGCUCUUGUGCAAACCAGCAAACACACAGUUUGUGUUUGUAAAAUGCACGAGGAGCCAGUGUGCACGCUCGCUGGGGAUCAGUCUGAACAGGGCGAUAUUGAAGAUUCUGCGUGAGGUUAGAUUGUGGCCAGACCCAAAUGAAAUGAGUGGCUGACGAUUGACCUCCUGCCGCCCAACUUACCAUCACCAGCAACCUGUAGCAUCAAACCAGUGCCUCUUCACCAGCCUGAUUCACAAACACACCCACCCACAUCUACACAAUAACCCAACAGAACACCAUCAGACUGUGACAUCAGGUGCAAGGGGAUGACCGAACGCAUUCACCACAUUAAUCUCCACAACUUCAGCAAUUCUGUACUCGAGACCCUCAAUGAACAGCGGAACCGUGGGCACUUCUGUGACGUGACUGUUCGGAUCCACGGUAGCAUGCUGCGAGCUCACCGUUGUGUGCUGGCUGCGGGGAGUCCCUUCUUCCAGGACAAGCUACUCCUGGGCUACAGCGACAUCGAGAUCCCCUCUGUGGUUUCCGUACAGUCUGUCCAGAAGCUAAUCGACUUCAUGUACAGCGGCGUGCUGCGGGUCUCCCAGUCCGAGGCCCUGCAGAUCCUCACGGCCGCCAGCAUCCUUCAGAUCAAGACCGUCAUCGACGAGUGCACCCGCAUAGUUUCGCAGAACGUCGGCAUCGGAGGGUCAGGCAGCUUCCCCGUGGUCCCGGGCGAUUCGGGGCAAGAGACGCCGCGCGGAACGCCCGAGUCCGGCACGUCCGGUCCCAGCAGCGAUGCCGAGUCGGGCUACAUGCAGACGACAGGGCAGAGCCUCGAACGCGUUUAUUCCUCGCUUUAUUCCAACUGCUCGGGGUUGGGCCUGCAAAACGGUACCCGUGGAAACCGCUCCCACUAUGGCGGUACGGUGGUCGCAGCAAGCUACGACUCACCACUUCCACUACAACAGAAGGAGGGAGGGCAGGACCCCGCCUGGAUCACGCGCAUCCACGAGCGUUCUCAACAAGUGGAGCGUUACCUGACCACGGAGACCACACACUGCCGCAAGCAGCCUCGCCCUGUCAGGCUGAAUCCGGGCGACGUUUACAUCAAGCAGGAGCAAGGGGACGAGUACAACUGCUACGCGCUGGAGGACUGCCGCGAGGACAGCGAGCAGCCCGAGUGCAACGACAGCGAACCCAAGGGCGAGAGCUUCGACUCCGGCGUCAGCUCAUCCAUCGGCACCGAGACCGAUUCCGUCGAGCAGCCGUUCUUGCCUGGGUUCGGUCGGGAGAACUGUCAAAAUAAAGGCCAGCAAGGCGAGGGUGAAACUCCCGUGCAGAUCGAGGUCAACGACUCCUCUCCCGAGCAGACUCAAGAGGUUGUUGAGGACAGCGGAGGAAACGGGCCGCCGCAAGAAAGCGGCGAACUCGGAAUGCAUCAGUCCCCUCAAGCCAACCUUGCGACGUCUCAAUCCAUGCCGGGUGGGCAAAUGUAUCUGCGGCCAGGUGAGCCACUCACCAGCAACCUGCGUAUGCCCCUUACCUUGACCAGCAACACCCAGGUAAUGGGAAGCGCAGGCAACAGUUACUUGCCCACGCUCUUCGCGACCCAGUCGGCGAGCGAAAACAAGCCUUUCCUCUUCAGUCUGCCCCAGUCCAUCGGGAAUCAGCAGCCCCAGUUUGUGACAGUUCCCUCUCCCAGCAUGCCUCCGUUUCCCGGCGGAUUGACGGUGCCACCUGGUGGAGGUCAACCGCAAGGUGGUGGAGCAGUUGGGGAGAAGAAGCCCUACGCAUGUACUCUCUGUUGUAAGACCUUUACUGCCAAACAAAACUACGUCAAACACAUGUUUGUGCACACCGGAGAAAAGCCGCACCAGUGCAGCAUCUGCUGGCGCUCGUUCUCGCUGAAGGAUUAUCUCAUCAAACACAUGGUCACGCACACAGGCGUCCGAGCGUACCAGUGUAGCAUCUGCAACAAGCGCUUCACCCAGAAGAGCUCGCUUAACGUCCACAUGCGCCUGCACCGCGGAGAGAAGUCCUACGAGUGCUACAUCUGCAAGAAGAAGUUCUCCCACAAGACCCUGCUGGAGCGUCACAUGGCCCUGCACAGCACCGGAAGCGGCGUCCCCGCAGUCAACUCCGCGGGGAGCGCCGGAGGCCCCGCCUCCAUCCCGGUUCCCAUGGCUGUUCCCGAGCCCGGAGCGGGAGUGGUGGCUCUAGCCAUGCCGGUGGGAGCGGGUGGAGCGGGGGGCGGAGUCGGAAGCACCGGAGUGGGCGUCGCGGCGGAAGCUAGCUGCCAGGAGGGGACCACCUACAUGUGCUCCGUGUGCCCAGUCAAGUUUGACCAAAUCGAUCACUUCAAUGACCACAUGCGCAAGCAUGUCUCCGACGGAUAAGUACAAACAAACAAAAAACUUACGUAAACACGAGAAAGAAUGAAACGAUAACGAAAAUGGCACUAGUUUUUUUUCUUAUAUUGGGCAUGAAGAGUAAUGAGUAUAGACACUGGCACAUUAAGUUUUCUAGAAAAAGAAGCGUUUAAUUUCUUUCUUUUUUUUUUGUCCUUGCUAUUCUUAAAGAAUAAAAAUGAUGGUUGCCUUAAGGCUGUGUAGUUGGAUAAUGAUCCACUGGCUGGAUCCAUACUACUGGCCUCUAAAUGUAUGCUUUCCUUAAAAUACUGAUUUAUGUGUUGAACACUACCGAAAGGCCUGCGAAAGAACACACACACAUACACACACACAAACGCGAGAAAAACAACAACAUGAUACACACGCACACAAAUACACACAGUCCUGCAUGCACUCACACGCACAAAUGACUUAUACACACUUAUAUAUGGUAGAGGUAUUUUGUACGUAUGUGUAUUUGUGCAUGUGAGCGUGCGUGUGCCCGAAAAGAAACAUUGCAGUGGAUUUUUUUAAAUUUUAGAUCUUUUCCCAUGUAGACCGUAUUGGACACUAUAAACGUCCAAGCUUACUGUGGUAUAGAUUUAAAAACAAACGAAAAAAAAGUCAUUUGGCUCUAGAUUCAUUCGAAAGUAACGAUGGUCACGUGUUUGCCUUUUAUGUGUGCUAAGAUUAGGAGAGUCGUUCAAUUUGACACUGGGUUUUUAUUUAUUAUUAUGGCAUUGAGGGAUUUUGAUGUUGUUGGUGUUGUUGUCAAGCCAGUUUUAAUAACUGUACUAAAAUGAGAAUUGUUUGUGGAUUAAUGAACGAUUAUUAUGGUAUUUUCUUUUCCCGCCACAAUUUUUUGAUGGUUCAGGUCAAGUUUACAAAAAUAUAUAAACGACAGUAUUCGAGAAUUUCCGAAAAUUCGUUUCGCAUACACUGCCACUACAAAGAAGACUGUUAGCUGAACUCUUCCGCUUCAAAACAACGAAAUGUGACAUAAAGUCCCGGUUUCAUUCAGGACGAUCGGUUUGUUCUGUUCAUUUACUCCACGCUUCUGUUCGAAGACGAAAACGGCAGAUUUUAGUAUGCAAACUAGCCCAGAAUCCAAGUUAUCUGCUGCUUGUCACGCACUCACUUUGAGACUGUUAUCAGCUGUCGAAUCCAGCGUGAUGUGCACAUUUCUUCGAUCGUUGAAAUGUUAAGCUAUUCAGAGUCGCGGGCUGGAUAAGAUCAAAUAAAGCAACUGGAAAGAAAAGCUGGAAUGAGCAGAAACCGUAUGUCCGGUUAGUGGCGAUACCGAAACGGCCGUUUGGGCUCAGAGGGGCGGUUGAAAUGCACUACUCCUGAUCCUAAAAAAGUCCCUCGUAGAGGCCCGAAUGGCCGGUGCGGUUUUUCGCCCCGUGCGAUCUAUAGAUGAAGCUAGCUAGAGUAACUGAGGGAUAUACUGAAGGGACACAAGGCAACAGAAAACAUCCACCGAACCACAAUAAAAUAAACACGGUCAUUCUUUUUUAAUAUACCACAGAUUCACAGAAAGAAAAAAAAAACUCUCCAGAAAACAUUCCCAGUUUUAUCGAUAUAUCUAGACAUUGUGUGUGUUUUUCGGAAGUGAGAAAAGAAGGGUUGUAAUUUUGGUGUUACGUCACACAAAAGCUCUGUGUUUAUAUUUGGCUUUGUCGUACACGUGUUUCACGGAUAUUAGAGACUCGUCUGCCGCGCAACUGCAAUCUGGCAAUUUUUGCUCACUUAUUUGAGUAGAUACACCUUUGUAGUGUACUUCAAAUGUUCACAAUCGCAAUUUAUUCGAACUUCUUCCUGUUCGGAUUCUGGUCGAAUAAGUUGGAGGUUUUUUUUAAAUAAGUAAAAAAAAUAACAGUGCUCCUUUGCACAUUUAUUUCAAGAUCCUGUGCUUAAACGUUGAUUUGUUUUACUUAAGAAAUGAAAUUCUAUGAUUUUCAUUUUUUUUGUUUCGUUGUUUAUAAAGGAAAUAUCUUUCUUAAAAGCUUGAUAAGAGGACUGCAUUGUUUUCUUGCAUAUAUGUUGCACUGUUUAAACCAAUAAGUGCACUACUGUUUCCAGAGAUAUUAUAGUUUCUAGAGAUAAUCAUUUUUUUUUUUAUCAAAUAUAUUUGGUUCUAUAGUUCACUUGUGUUUUAGUAGCUUUGUUCCUUUCACUUCUGUUUUUAUUUUAAUAUUUUUUUUUUUGAAUGAUGAGUUGAUUAAACUUGUCUUGGCUUUGUUAUCAUCACUUGCUAUUGUAUUUACUUUGUGCCGUUUAUGCAAGCAUUUCUUUUCUUUAUUUAUAUUCAAACCAUUGUGAGCUUGUCCCCGGUCAGAUGCUUACAAUGCGUUCCUUACACCACUCCCAUCCCGACACCAACACAAUUCAUUCAUUACAGCAAAUGCUUGGUUUUCUCAUUCAUACCAAACCUAAUUUAAAAAAAACUUCAAAAUGUAAAAAAAUAUAAAAAAAGAAAAAACAAUAGUAGUGUGUGCCUAAAUAUAUGAUACAUGUCUUUUAGAACAAGUACGUUUUUAUGAGAGGGUCGUUGUGCAAAGCUUUUUGUGCUGUCUAGGGAUCAAAUGCAUUUACUUGUGUUUGUAUGUAUAAGCGUGCGUGCGUGCGUGUGUGUGCGUGUGUGUUGUACAAUCUGUGAUGCCUGGACUGUAGGGCUUCCUUUGCAAUAUGCAGUACAGGUACGGCAACAUUAACAACAUUUGACAUACUUAAGAGUGCAUUUGGUAAUUAACAAUCAUUUCUGUUUUCCCUAAAUAACAUGAGAAACGUGACAUUUGUUAAGGCCCUUGCUUUAUGAGAGUUUUGUGAAACAGACUUCUGCAUCAGUGCUUUGAGACCAAACUUUUCACUUUUUUACUCAAUUAUGCUGCAAAGCUUGGCUACAGGCUGUGCUGUAUCGGUUUGAGGUGUUGCCUUAGACUCAGAUAUAUGAAUUUGUUUAUCUGUCGUUCUAAUUGUAAAUCGAUCUCGGACUGGUGAUACGGCAGACGCUCUCUGUGUAGUAUCGCUCAGACGGUUGUGUUGAGUCACAGAAACGAUGACACCUUCGUGUUGGUUGUAUUUCACCUGUUUUCUUUGACAGUGAAGGAGAUGUUUGACGGUGGAGCCUGUUGUAGUAUCUCACCUCUUUAUAGUUUUGUCAGUCGAUUAGUUGAGGUAAUCUGUGCAACCUGUGAUUUUAGCUGAUCAAAGUGUGCAGGAUAUGUCAGAAACUAAAAUGACGAUAAUAAAGCUAAUUAAUCAUUAAUCAAGUAACUCUUCUAGAUUCGCACAUAUAUGUAACAUUGUAGCUGUAUCUUUAAAAGCAGGGUCACUCGGCAAAAUCACACAUCAAAGUUUCUAAGAAGCACUUAAAGAAAGGACGGAUGAAUCAGUAUCACUUCCAAUAUCACUUGUUAGAGGUGUAUUGUAAAAAAGAAAAAGCCAUCAUGGCUGUGUCCUUACUGAUAGCCUUAAUGACAUUUACAAAAAAAAAACAACAAACAGCCAAAUGCACUAUUGCUUGUAAAGGUGCUGUCGCGAUCGCUUCGUUUAUUUUACACAAAGGAUAUAUUUUAGAGAAGGGCAGAGAAAAUAGGUGAAUACCGACCUUGCAAUACAGUAUUUGAAAAGUUGUGUCGUGAAAGCUGCAUCGCAAACUUCUCUGCACUCGUUGGUAUAGCUUCAAAACCGUGCCGUCUCGCCGGUUCUCGUAUAUUAAAGCUGUCUCAUUUCGCUCGUGUAAAAGUGCAACCGUACGAUAAGUCCGACAUUUAUAGUGAUUCCGUGUUUGUUCAUAUGUACUGUAUAAAGGAAAAACGACGAUAACAAAAAAUCAUUUUAGUUCACCGAGACUUGUGUAGUUUGUGAAAGUGUAAAAUCUGCACGACCAUUUAAAAGCGUAUAUAUGUCACGUCUGCUCACUAUUCAUCGGAUCUAGACUGGAUGACGUUCUUGUGGGUUCUCAACGUUACGGUGAACACUUCAGAUCGAUUUUUACAUUACUUACAGUAUAAAUUUAGUAAAAAAAAAAAAUGUAGACUUAGCACUUAUUUUUGUUCUGUUGUAAUUUUAGAAGACAUAUUAAUUUUCUACAGUGUACAGUAUAGUUACAGCAUCUUCUUUGAUAUUACAGUAAACUUGCUGUAAGUUUAUGUUGUAGGACUACCCCCUACUUUUUUCCUUGCUUUUAAACAAAGGUACUUUUUUAAUUCGUAGUUUAUAAUAAUAAUAUCUAUUUCUAGAUGAUAGCUUUUGGGUAUCGAAAGAUUUGGAAAAACGCGCUGAUAUAUUUACGUCGGAGCAAAAGGUGUCUUGCUCUUCGAACAGUCGAAUGAUUCAUUUUAUUGUAAGCUCAGAACCUUUUCGUAACAAAAUAUAUCUAUCUAUAUAUAUAUCUAUAUAUAUAUGUCUAUAUAUAUAUAAUACUGGUUUGAGUAAACCCCGCUGGAUUUUAAUAAAUACUUCAGAUCAUUUUCUCCAUUCCCUUAAUAAUCCGAUAUACCGAACGUUGCUGCAUUUAAAUCUUUCAUCUGGCAAUGCUUUUUUAAUUCCGACUAACAUCUCGAUCCUCUCUACGAAAACUAUUCGAAAAAGGCAGGAGAUUCUCAUCAGCAUCUAUAAAAAAAAAAGACAGUACUGUAACCAAAACACACCACCUAACACUGUACACGCUGAGUUUUACGAUGCCUCUCCUUUGUAGAAGACAAAAAAGUCAAGUGCCUCUUUUUACAGAUCCAAGCUGAAUUAAGCUCACAAUAAUACUGUUAUUUUUAUUCUGUAAUACUUGUCACGAAACAAACAAACAAACAAAAAAAACUAAAACAAUUCACUGCCUAAAACGAAUCGCAUACACAUACGAACUGUCAACAAAAUGCAUCCCUCUAUGAGGCAAGUUUGACAACUACCAGCAAUAAUAAUAGUUACAAAAUCAAAAAAGCAUUUGAAAUAAAAAGGACCAUUCCUAAGUAAGGGUGUUUUGUUCUCUUCUAACCCCUGAAAUCACCAAAAUAAAGCAUGUUUUAUACUACAAUAUACAGCGUUAUAUUGUUUUCAAAGUGCCCCAGUUUGAAUUAAUAAAAAUGUGUGCAUAUAUUUUAAUUUCGUAUUUUUAAACUGCCUUUAGAAUAUGAAAUGCGUCGUAUAUUUUCAAAGCCCUACUGGAAAUGUCUGCAUCUUCACUGUGCAGUUUUUUGGACACAGUUUUGUCCAAAACGAUUUGUUCUUCCUGUGCUAUUUCUUGCGGUUCUUUUGGGGUUCUUACCUGUAAUGCUACGUUAUAUCGUGAUCACAGUACUUCAUAUUGUGAUGGUGCUUGUGAACAGAGGUCCAAUUUUUCAUUGUUGCUUCGAAAAGAUUUGCCGGAGUCGAACCGGAUCACACCUGGUUUUCUAUAGCGUUUAAGAGAAAAGAAAAAUACGCUUUGAAUAAUUGCAGUCAACCAUAUCAUAUGUUCAAUACCAAAUGACUGUAAACGCCAAGCUUUUAUUCCCACAUAUGUUAGCAUGCCUGUGUUGUCUUUCUAACUCUUUCUACAUUAAAGCUCUGAAUGGAUUUCACUAUCGAUUAUACAGUAUGAUAUUCUUCUGCUUGUAUCAUAUGCUUAAAUCCAAAGACGAUGCAUUUACUCUAUUUAUGACUACAAUGCGUGUUUGAUGUAUUUCAGAACAAUAGAAAGUUAUACAUAUAUUUACUGGACAAAGUACAAUACAGAUUUUACAGGAGAAGCAAGCGAACAUAGUAAGAGAAUAUCUUCAGAUGAAUCAUAUAUUUAUGAAAAUUCAGAUACAUGCAGUUUCACACAAAUCACACACGGCUACUUUGAAUAAUCGUUCGGACGGUUCGAUGAUGGUUUGUUAUUGACCACUGAAACCUGUGAGUUUGGGAUUUUGGGGGGAACUGAUGCAGUCAGCGUGCAGUAAAGAGAUCCACGGUCGUUUGGUGCACUCUGUUUGUAAAGGCCUGUAGGAGGGCACAUGAUAGGCUUUGUAUUGGACCGUCGUAUUUUCAUCUGUGAACCGCAUGCUUCGUGCUCUCUGUACCUCUCACAUGUUAAAUUAAAAUGGUGUCCGUCUACCCAGCAACAGUAUGUUUUGUGCGCACACUAGUACUUUUAUCAUACUAAAUAUUUGGUAAAUUUAGCCUGACUACAAAAAGAAUGCUGGGUCGUUUCAACCCAUGGUUGGGUCAGAUAUGGACAAACCCAACUAUGGGUUAAAACAACCCAUCAUUUUUUUUUAGAGUGUAUGAUGUAGAUAAAAAUUAAUCAAUUUUCCAUAUGGGUAACAUUUGGCUGAAAAUAAUGUGGUGCAACGUUUACACUGCUUUGAUCAAAAUCGUUUACCUUUAAGAAACUAUAUGUCGGUUUACACCCGCAUAAUCUCAUUCACAAUGUCAAAGUGCUGUACUCAGGGUUGAGCUAAAGAUUUUUAUAUCUUGGUCCUUGAAUCGCCCCAAUGAAAUGAUAAAAAAAACAGAAAAUUAUUUGCAAAGUGACCCGUAGAAAUUACAGUGUUACUUGCAGCUGGUUGCCGAUAACUUACCGUAGAUUUAAAUUGAUGAUAUUUACUGGUAACAUUUUGUUCAAAGUUAAAUUAACAUUAAACAUUUACAAGUCUUUGUCUUUACAGAGUAAAACUAAAAUAACAAACAAACUCUUUCCAGUAAAUAACAUAAAUUUAAAUCUACGGUAAGUAACUGGCAACCAGCUGCAAGUAACACUGUAAUUUCUAAAGAAUUUUUUUUACAGUGCAGGUUUAAACAACAGAGAUGAAGUUUGAGUCUUUAUGUCAUAUUUUUUAAUGCUCUGAUAAAGUUGUUUUUCUAAAUAGCAGCAAAAUUACAGAAAAUACAAUGUUACUUGCAGCUGGUUGCCGGUAACUUACCGUAGAUUUAAAUUUAUGUUAUUUACAGGCAACAUUUGUUCAAAGUUAAAUGAACAUUAAACAUUUACAAGUCUUCAUCUUUACAGAGUAAAACUAAAAUAACAAACAAACUCUUGCCAGGAAUUAACAUCAUUUUAAAUCUACGGUAAGUUACCGGAAACCAGCUGCAAGUAACACUGGAAUUUCUACGGAUUUUUUUACAGUGCAGGUUUAAACAACAGAGGAGAAGUUUGAGUCUUUAUGUCAUAUUUUUUAAUUCUCUGAUAAAGUUGUUUUUCUAAAUAGCAGCAAAAUUACAGAAAUUACAGUGUUACUUGCAGCUGGUUGCCGGUAACUUACCGUAGAUUUAAAUUGAUGUUACUUAUAGGCAACAUUUGUUCAAAGUUAAAUGAACAUUAAACAUUUACCAAUCUUCGCCUUUACAGAGUAAAACUAAAAUAACAAACAAACUCUUGCCAGUAAAUAACAUCAUUUUAAAUCUACGGUAAGUAACCGGAAACCAGCUGCAAGUAACACUGUAAUUUCUAUGGAAUUUUUUUACAGUGCAGGUUUAAACAACAGAGGAAAAGUUUGAGUCUUUAUGUCAUAUUUUUUAAUGCUCUGAUAAAGUUGUUUUUAUAAAUAGCAGCAAAAAUACAUAAAUUACAGUGUUACUUGCAGCUGGUUGCCGGUAACUUACCGUAGAUUUAAAUUUAACAAAAUGUUGCCAGUAAAUAACAUCAAAGUUAAAUGGACAUUAAACUCUUCGUCUUCGUCUUUUAAUGCUCUGAUAAAGUUGUUUCUCUAAAUAACAGCAAAAUGUUGAUAAAGGCCACAUUAAAAUAAUAAUAAUAAUAUAAAUAUCUUAUGUUUCUGGAAAAUGUCUAAUGUUGUUGUGUACUGUAUAUGAUUGCAUAUUUAUGAGCAAAUUUUUGUGAAAUUAAUUAAAACACAUUUUUUAUUUUAAAGGGAUAGUUCACCCAAAAAUUAAACAUUUUAUUAUUAGUUACUCCCCCUUAUGUUGUUACAAACUUGUAUACAUUUCUUUGUUAUGCUGAACGCAAAGGUAUUUUAAGAAAUGUAUUUGGAUUGGGAAUUGUAAGCAAGCAGUUUUGGGGCACCAUUGACUACUAUAGUAAGGUGAAAAUUCUACCAAACUUGUUCCCAAACAUUGCUCAGAAUAUCUUCCUUUGUUUUUAGCAGAACAAAGAAAUGUAUAUAGGUUUGUAACAACUUGAUGGUGAGUAAAUUUUUAUUUUCGAGUGAACUAUCCCUUUAAAUCUGCUUUUUAAACAUUCUAAUAGAUUUUCCAUCUCAUUUUAAAUGCAUUGCAAAAUCAUUCUCAAUUGAAUUGUAAAUGGUGCUCAACCCUGCAGUUUUUGGUGCUUUGGGGCUGUAAUGGGUUCAUGAUUUCUCCUUUUAACUGUUCACAUUUACAAAGGUUUACGUUGGUUGUACUCAGCGAGUGCAUAGAUGAAUGUUGUGUGCUUUUAAAACACUGCACAAUGUGUAUCAACAGGAUGCGUUUGUAGAAGAUUAGGCAAAGUAUUGGGUGGUUUGCUAAAGCAUGGAAAGGAUUUCACAGGAUAAUAUGACAUGACAUGUUUGUUUUCAUUGAGAUUUAGAGAGAACUUUCCUGGUAUUCAAUAACAGUAUCAGUCCUGGAGACCUUUAUGUCUAUUAUUGAAAUGUUUUGUAGCAACAUUGUAAAUCUGCGUACACAUACUGUAGCCCGUUCUCACGUUUUCAUCACGUAUGCUUUAAAAUUUUAAAGCGACCCCAUAGUUAUAAACUUCAUUGUACAUACGUAAUGUUAUAUUUCGCAAAGUUAAAUGCUGCAGUCUGUAUAUAAAACGUGUUUGUGUAUGUGACCUGCUUUGUGUCAGUCUGACGCAGAAACACAUUUUUUACACUAAAGUCUCAGCUUUCUAAUGAUACCAUUGUGUUUGUAAAGAUGCCGGCUGUCAUAAACUUUUGUUAUUGAAAACAUUGUCUCUGAUUGCAGACAGACAUCUUUAUAAACAACAAUUUGACUGAAUAAAAGGUUUAUUUAAACAUUAUACCAUUAAGAUGGCAAACUCAAGUAAAAAUAUACGACAAAACGAUAAAGUAAUGAUACAUAGUUUUUUUCCAACUAUAUAGACAAUGCAUAACUUUUUUUGAGGUACAUCACUAACAUUUCCAGCGGGUGAAACACUGAUUUUACAAUUAAAUGCGAAAAAAUGCGAUUUUAGGCAAAUGCAUUUACCUACUUAGAUAUUCAGGGUUUUUUGUACUAAAAAGUAGAGUGUGAUGUGAGAGGAGGAGGGUUUGAAAGCUGAGACUUUGUCAAAAUCCAAACUUAACACGACAUCAUUAACAGCUCAUUGCAACUUCUGACAAUAUACGAUAGAAUGUGUCACGUUUUUUUUUUUUUUGGGGGGGGCGCUCAGUUUUAUUUCAUCUUUGCUUAUUUAUCUGUAAAUGUUUAAAAAUCGUACAUAAUUUAUAAGACACAUGCAGAUGUGACACUAAAGUUAGGUACAUUUACAUAUUUUCAUUUUGCAGAUGUUUUUCGACAGUGUGAUAUACUCGUGCAUAUACAGUAGUAGAUUAGUGUAACAAACCAAUAGAUAAAGAAUAGAUAAAUGAUAUACAGUACUGCUGUCUUUUGUACUUUACAUACCUAGUUACCAUUAAACAAAACAAGAUUUCUAUUCGGCAAAGGAAAAACGAUUCAUUAUUAUCUAUCUGUGUUCUUUCCAGAGGAUAAUAUUUUCAUUUCAGCAUUUUUCUUUAUUUACUCUGCUUACAUUUCUCUCUAUAAAGCUGAAUUGAAGUUUGUAACACACAGGAAUAGCAUGGCUACUUAGGGGUUAAACCCUUUGGAUUCAAUAAUUUUUCUUUUCAGUUCUGGUUAAUGGAGAAUCAAGAAAUCAUCAUAAAAUUCUGAAUGACUUAACAAAUCCGGUGAGGUUUUUGGCCCACUUCUUUUAAUGUCAUUAUUAAGUAAUGCCUAGCAUACAUAACAGAAAAUGUGACACAUAAAUAAUAUAAAAAUUAAACAUUCCAUUAAACCCCUGCUUAAGGAGUUAUUUAGAAUGAUUUAUAAAUAUAAUUUUGGCUGACAAAAAAUGUAUGUCCACAGUUAAACAAAAUAGUUUUAAAGUGGAUGCAUCAAGUAAUAUUUGGCAUUGGUUUACUUGAUUUUGUUUAUAUGUAUUUACGCCCUUAUUAUUGUACCAAAUGUGCCCAAGCAACUAAGUUAAAUAAGUCCAAAGUUAAAAAUUAACAAAUUUGUUGAUCAAGCUUAUUUACUCCAUAAAAUGUAUUCAAAUUGUUUAACACCUAUUGUAGGUCUUAUAGUUUUAUUGACACCAAAGAAUCAUUAAAACAUCAAUGUAACUAUGUCAAAUAGACGUAUAAAUAACAUUGAUUUAACCAUCCAAAUUUUUAGCUAAAAUGUGGUCUUUUUUAUAUUUAAUUCAUGAAUUUUAUUCAUGCAGACCACAAAUUUCUGUGCUUGUGUAAAAACAAAUUUUAUAGCGACUUCAGUUUUACCCAAUCAGCCGUUCUUUCUUCAUUCUUCAAGUGAAUUGGUUGCAGGUUGUUUUUGUUUCAUUUUGCUUAAACUUUUCUUUCUUUAGUAUUCCAGACGCUCUGCUUACAACACAAUGGAUUCUAAGAUUUUCUUUGGAUUUGUCAAGAUGGACCAAGCCGUUUGUCUCUUGGGUUUUGCACUGAACUGUCAAUGUUUGUUUUGUUUUGCUUCCUGUUUUUGAUACCGUUCAAUUGCAAGCUCCUUCUCGUUCAGUUUCAUUUACCACAAAAUCAUCCUUCAUAAAACAACUUUAAAAACCGAUUUCUUCUUUUGAUUUUUUCAACAUGGAAUUAAAUACAAUGUAACAUUGAUAAUUCAGUCAUUUAACAUAGUGUAGAAAUUAGUUGCAUUUAGGACAUUUGUGCCAUUAUUUCACCCUUAAGGACCAAAUCUGGACCUUGUUUGUAAUACAAUCGUAUAAAGAUCAUUCAAAUGUCAUGUGAAUAUCUGAAUGGAAAGUCAAUAUCAUAGUAGAAUGAUAUUUAACUGUUUGGCAAAUAAACAAUGUAAUAUAAUAAUGCAGCAUGGACAUCAUUAUAACUGUUGGGUUACGUCAAUACAUACAUCAAUAUAAAUAGUAUAGUAUACAAUCCCUAUUUUUGGACAUCAGCUUCUUGAUGUUUUUUAUUUUUAAGGUGAGCAGGGUUUAGAGAAAAGCUAAGUAGAUUUUAAACCACAUUUUUAAAGAGAUUUUAAGCCAUACCACGUGUCUUCGGUUUCUUUUUCGUUUUUUUUUUUCAUUAAGUUUUCACAAAUUUCAUAAAAGUUUUAUAAAGCAUUCAAAACUGAGCAAAUGUGGAGCUGUCGUAGUAAAGGUAUUAAAGAUCAUACAGUAUUCAAACCGGCCUGAAAUUAAAUGCAUCCAAAGGAGGCAAUAACAUGAAAGUGCUCAAAUAUACCGUUCCACGAAAUGGUCAGGCAUUAUACGAUAUUGUGAAAGUAAAGAGAGGAUUUGAAUCGAUUCAGUGGGUGAAUUUAUUACUGUAAAAACAUACCUGCUGUUGUUUAGAGGAAUGGAAUAAGGAUUUGUUUAGCGUUUAGUGUGUGUAAAGGCCAUUUUAUUUUUUUUUGUUGAUGUCAAACACUGGACUAAAGUGAUUUCUCAAUUUUAUUUGUAAAACAUGACCACAGGACAGGAAACCCAUAAAUCUAUUUCUAAAAGUAAAAUAAAAAAAUUUCAAUCACCACCAUAAAGGUCUUUUUAAAACAUUCCCCGAUAAAUGAAUUGCAUGGUGAAAUAUAAAAAGGGAAACCACUCAACUAAAACAAGAAAUGAAAGAAACCACUAAAUAUCAAUCUUUCCGUCAAGUAGAAUUCCUGUAGUGAUCCUCAUUGACUCCGACCCAAAUACCACUUAUCCACCCCGAAAAGACUUUUGCACUAAAAUGAUUCUUGGUCUUCUUUGAGAAAUAGCAAUAGAUCACGUUACACUUAAAACAACAAAACGAUUCUGUGCUCUUAAGUGAUGCUGUUUAAAAAGAAAAGGAGUGUUUUUGUUUUAUAUACAGGCACAAUAUGGAAGAUGUGUAUGGAUAUAUAUAAUGUACUGUUCAUAAAAAUACAUGUAACACAAGUUUUAGGUAGAGUAAAUUGAAUACUUCCUGAUGUGAUUGUUUUGAUUUUGUCCUAAUGUAUGAGGGGCGGACAGUCCCAGAAAAAAAUACGUACGAGUUUUGUUGUGGUGUUUCAACACUAAAGAAAUAUUUACAGCAAGAUAAUCAUGCAGGCCAACUUGCUAAAACGAAUGCAAACAUAUAUACUUAUCGCUUCGAUUUUUUCAUUCGUAGAUGUCAGUGCUAACAUCUUUCUGGGUCUUUAUUCCUAAAGAGGGAAGUUUCGUCUCAAAAGACACGGCUUUUUUACUUUCCCGCUGUGACAUCAGUUAACCAUCGAGACUUCCACAUGCAAAGUCAUCAUUUUUCCAUAAAUGAAGAAACUUUGUGCAAGCGAGUUUCCUUUAUGGCAAAUUGUGAACUUCUAUAGCAAUCCUGAAUAGUGAUGGUUUUUUGGAAAUAGUGGCUUUCCUGUUAAAAACUGCUUUGUGGUGUUGUUGAAAGGUGUCGCGGUCCGUCUCAAUAUGUGGCGUGUUAGAGGAAGCAUAAGUAUGUGCCUUCAUGUUAUCUUCUCGGUGAGCUUGUUAUUAUUAAGAAGCCGACGCCAGCCAGUUGUGUUUGCACUAAAACCGAAUUGCUUUCGUGACGUAAGGUUAUUCGAGCAAGCUUGUUGCGGUAUGCAUCUAGAGAUAGAGCUCUUCUUAUCUGUUGAUUCGUAAACUAGUGCAGCUUAGAAAACCUCCGGAUGAAUAUCUAUGCUUCGUUCUGUUUGGUUUUUGAUCAGAUCAUCAGAGUACAUCAUCCUCAUCAUCAUCAUCAUCAUGUCUUGCAGUGAAAUAUUCCAUAUUUAACAUGCCUACAUGCAAAUAUAAUAUAACAUGCUAUAGAGUAUUUAAGAUGUGUGUGGAAAAGACAGUCACACGUUGCUCUGAAUCAAUGGGGAAUGCAUGAGUUCAUGAGGUCGCCUCAAGACUAUUGGUCAUGUUGUUAUUAUUAUUAUUAUUAUUAUUAUUGGUUUAUUUAGGUUUGCAUUUGUAACUUAUUUUCAUUUCGUUUAAUAGUACCUAAAAAAGGCCUACAUGCUUUUCAGUCUUACAAAUGCACCUUAUUCUUACCUGUCUGAAACAGACGGGCUUUGUAAUAUCUCUAAUUUAGCACCUUACUACACAGCAUGAUUUCACUUUAUGCCAGUUUUGCUAUACUUCCAUGCGUAUGAUUUGAAAGAAAAAAUAAACCUUAUAUAUUUUGUGAAAAUAUUUAAAGGGAUGUGCCAAAGUUUCGAGGCGAUCUCCCUUGUUUUUAUGCGUAUUAUUGUUUUUGUUUUUUCCGUUCCUUCUGCUUCAGUUAUUUCAGUGGUAUCUUACAAAUAACCUUUCUUACAAAUGUGUUUAGAAAAAAAAAAAUUCAGCAAACAGUAUCAUUACUUGCCAUUUUACAGUAAGCCCUGUAUUUUCACGUAUAUUUACCAGUGAUGUGUAUUUGUUAUUAAACAGAAAAUAGCCGUAAAAGCUUCAUUAUGUUACAUAAUAUUGUGACUUUUUUCGAAAAAAACUGUGAAGACUUGCAUAUACUUUAUACAGAAGUAUUAAGCCUUAAUGCAAAAGACUAAAAAAAUGAGUGGAAGAAGAACUGAUUGUUGCAAAGUAAGGAUGAUUUUUUGUAAAUGUUACCAGCACCUUUUUUUGUAAUUUUCACUCUCUGAGGUAUUGUACAAGUUCACUCUGUUUGUGAAGUUUGAAUAUGAAGGAAUAAAAACAUAGUACUUUCCUGUACUUUACAGGACGGGA